AUGAAUCGCUCUUCCCAGGACACUGGCUCUCGUGGCAUUCACGAAGAUGGAAAGCUUUAUGUUGUGGAUUCCAUAAAUGACUUAAACAAACUAAACCUCUGUCCGGCCGGAUCGCAGCACCUGUUCCCUCUGGAGGAGAAAAGCCCAGCCCUGGGCACUAACUCAGAACACGGAAGCCACAGUCUGUUCUUUGUGGGGCUGAUAAUCGUGCUGAUUGUCAGCCUGGCCCUGGUUUCCUUUGUGAUAUUUCUAAUAGUUCAAACUGGAAACAAGAUGGACGAUAUGUCAAGAAGAUUGGCCGCUGAGGGAAAGGACAUAGAUGAUCUUAAGAAAAUCAACAGCAUGAUCAUAAAGCGCCUUAACCAACUGGGAUCUGAACAGAACUAG